AUGUCACCCCCUAUCACAGGAACACUAUGGCGGAAGCUACCGCCCGAGGAACACGCCCGCGAGCCGUGGAUCGUCGACGGCCACGGUAUUCCGCAGGGCACCCAGAUCGGCGUGUGCACGUACGCGCUACACCACAACGAGGCGUACUUCACAGAUCCGUUUAUCUUCCGGCCCGAGCGGUGGCUCGACGAGAACGGUGAUCCGAAGACACUUAGUCGCAUGUAUGCCGCUUUCAGCCCGUUUUCAGUCGGCUCCCGGGCUUGUGCGGGGAAGAGCAUGGCGUAUCUGGAGGCGAGCUUGGUCAUUGCCAAGACGCUUUUCACGUUCGAUUUCUGGACGGCGCAGGGCGAGGCGGGACAUGUGGGUGCGGGAGUGCCCGGGUGGACCGACGGGAGGGGGCGGCCGCAUGAGUUCUAG